UCAUAACGUUCGCUGGAUCUUGUUCAUGUCCUCAAACGAAGAUUCCGCAGCGGCCGCUUCACGCGGACUGCUUGGUCUACCCCUGGUGCUCGUCCGCGAGAUUUUCGAAUUGGUGUACAACAAUGGCUCCCCAGGCAUUGCUCUCUCCGAGUUACGUUUGACCUCACGAGUAUGUCGCCGCGAGUGCGAAAGAUUGAUGGUCCGGAGCCUCAACCUGAGCGAUACCGAAAGCUUCUGGAAAAAAACGUCGCUGAGAUCGAGAGGGCUUCUCAAGCGACUCCAGGAUCCCAACGAUGAGCUGGCAGAACACGUCCGUGAAUUGUGGCUCGGCCCAUUCGAUAAUAAUGAUUACUUCGCGAAUGAAGUUCUGCGAUACGAGGCCGACGGGAUGUCAAUACCAUAUUCAAUAUGGUUCAAGACGAUGGAUAGGGCUUCGGGCGAGGCAAUACGUUCGCCGGUGAUCAGCGAGCCUCAAGAGGGUUUCGUCGAUGGCAAGAACGUCUUGUGCGAGGCUCUCAAAAAGAUGGCUUCCCGCAAGAGAGCAGAAAACAAUAGCAACCCUGGAGCCUCGGCCCCGAGUUCUCAGCACGAGGUAACCACAGAGACGGCUUGGCUUGGUCUGGCGCCUAGUCUACUCAGUUCUAUCCAACAGCUUCUCCGUGACCCCGACAGUAUUGCACAGGGGAGCGAUUUCGGGGCAGUGUUGUGGGACAAUGAAGGCUACGUGUCCCCGGUUCUUGGGCGUGCGAUUAGGAACAUGACCAACUUAUGCUCAGUCACCUGGAAUACAAAUUUCCUCUUCCCUCGCGACGUCCUACGGAUCUUGCAGCAGAAUCACCCAUCUGUACAUAUCAACGUGCAUCAACCAAUGCCAGCGUUGUCAAACGCGUUCCAUAUGGACUGCACUCUAUUGUCCUCUCCUCAGCUCCACUCAGCGGACAUUUAUGUGUACGGUACCCCGCACACGCGCGAUGACUUUCAGAAAAGCUACAGCGAAUAUCGCCUGGUGAAGAACUGCCUCGCUCGAGGAAAUAGUAUCAAGCGACUGACAUUAAAAUGCGAUGGGACAUACAAUUGGGGCUGGCCAACCCGCCUUGCAGACGGCAGCGCCCUAAUCCGUUGGAACCGCAUCACUGAAGGCCCAAUGAACUUUGACUGGCAAGAGAGCGACCGCUUUCCAGCCUUAAAGGAGUUCACACUCCCUCUUCGCGGCUUAUACCUCUCAAAAGACCAUUGCGACAUGUGGGUCCGCUGCAUGGACUGGUCGCACCUCGUGCACCUGGACGUCGGGCGGUUCACGCCGCAGCGCCUCUUCGUCGCCCUCACGGGCCGCGUGUCCCAACUCCAAAAACUCCGCUUCGGUUACUGGCCCAAGUGGGCCUACCGUGCCGUCCCGGAAUGCGAGAGCCUCUCCCUCAUCAAGCCCUUCCUGGACUCCAUCUCCGCCCUCCAAGACCUCUCCUUCAGCUGCCACGACAUCCGCCUGCACCCCCUGCCCAUCUUCGAAGCACAACAACACUCUCUGCGGCGUCUGAAGAUCGAGGAGAACUACCAGGGGUUCUAUGACUCAAAAGCUAUAGAGGAGGAAGGCGUAUUGCUACGGUUACUGGAGAAUUUUCCAGGGCUGACGUCUGCGGAGUUUGCGAUUUGCAGCCCGCCGUUUGAGGCGGAGUGGGACGCGCACUUGACGCCCAGGCAGAAGCUGGGGUUGAUGCUAGAUAAACGAAUGACGGCUGUGUAAAAGGAUGGCGUUGAUGAUUCCUCGGGUUGAAAGGCCUUGAUAUCGGAUGGAGGAUAGGCUGGAUUCGAGAGGCGCGUAGGUGGGAUAUAGCUGAUGCCAGGCAUUGAUGUUCCAGGAAAUCUGCCUACAUCACGUACAAGUCCUCACUUGCUACAACAGUCGACGUUUGCCAUUUAUUGCUACAACACU